AACGCCUCGGCCGGUCAGCUACCAUGCCAUGAAUACUCUUUGAUCAUGAAUGAAGCAACGAUUUUGUAGUGAAGUGAUUCUUACUUUGUAUUAUUUUAGUUUUAAAUAAUGUACGUGCCUUAUAUAGCUCUCUUUAAAAAGAAGAGUUAUAGCUGAUGAAAUUGUGUGUAAAACUGUUGUGAUGUUACUGAGUUGACUGUGAGUUGGAACAAAAUGAGAAAUAUAAUAGUAUUCACGUUGUUGAUAUUGCCGCAUAAACUACUUGCCGAAGUCGGGGAAACUGAUCUCAAUGAUUUGUCGGACCAGCAGAAUUCCGUUCUAAUAAACAAAUGUUGUGAACCUGAUCAGAUAGUAGUAAAUUCUGUAUGCAGAUUAGCCAAAGAUUACAAUCAAACUCUAUGGAAACCUCACUUUAAGACAGAGGAUGGGAAAGAUGUGCAAGUUAAAUACUUCAGAUACAUCCAUGGCUACCCGGAUUGUGAGACAACACAGCACCGCGCUAUAUUCUACUUCAACAAUUUGAGAAAAUCUGAAGAUGAGCUAAACUUAUUAUCAGAUGGCCGCCUCCUUCACAUCAUCCACCAUGAGCCCAGUGCGGACAGUGUGAAGGAAGACCCGUUGAUGAGGAUACAGGGAAGCAUUGUUAUCCCAAGUGAACAGCAACAAGCUUCUUACACCUACAUACAAAACAAAUACUGCAUGGAUAAGAUACUCAUGACGGCAAACUCUACAAAUACUGGGGAAUAUGCUUUAAUAUGCAUACCGGAUGUUAAAAACUGGACCGAUGUUGACUUCAUAAUCAAGAAGAUAGUAAAUCCAUUAUUCCAUGCUAUUUCUAUGACACUUUACUUAAUCGUGGCCAUCAUAUACUUUGUACUUCCGACGCUGAGAGAUUUAGCAGGAAAUAUUAUAACGACGAUAAAUAUUUGUCUUAUAGUUAGUCAAGCCGCAGACAUGGUCAGGAUAUUCACUGAAUUUAGCAAUCAUGUCAGCUUUAUGGUCACUGAUAUUCUUUUAUAUAUCAGUCUGUUGGGUGCAUUCUUUUGGCUAAACAGCUUUGGAUUCUACAUCUGGAAGACAUUCAAAUCAAGAAACGUAUUUCUCCGAGUGACCGACGUACGGAAAUACUGCUACUACUCAUCAGUGGUCUGGUCUAGUGUGGUGCUGAUGGCAGUUAUGGCUAUCGGGGCGCAUUUCCUGCUCGACACGGGGAGCAAGCUCAACCAGUUCUCGUCAUCAGUUUUAGUGGACGACAUAGAACAAGAGACUAUUGGGUGGCUUGGGAUCGCUAUAUUCUUCACUCCAGUGGCAUUUACAAUAAUUUUCAACAUAAUAUUUUAUGUUACAACUCUCAAAGUUAUAAAAAGGAUAAAUAUCUAUGGAAGGAUUCAUUACAAACUCAAAGGAUGUUUCGACCUAUUCCUUCAAAUGUUUCUCAUAAUGACCAUAGCCUGGUUGUUCCUGCUGCUGUCUUGGCUCAACUUCAACGGGUUGCUGUACGCACAUGUUUUUGUCAAUUUGAUGCAGGCUAUACUAAUGUUCUACGUGUGUGUGGUGAGGCAGGCUCACGUUACGUUUUUGUUGAAGAAGAGUUGCUGUUACGCUGAGCCCGUGCCUACGGGGGAGUGGGGCGAUGAAAUGACACAUAUGAAUGGUAAUUAUAAUUACUAAAGAAUAGCCAUAUGAUUUUUGAGAUAAAAAAUGUAACAAAAACUAAAAUUAAAAAUGUAACACAAAAGAGGGUGUCACUGCUGAUAGAUAAAUACUUGUAGCAAGUAUUUAAAUGAAACAAUUAAUCACUUAUAUUUUCCUAUCUUUUUAAAUCAAAUGAAAUGGUAACCUCGGUUAAUAUUUAGACUUAAAGUUUCUCACUUACAACUCUCUUGUCUCUGUUUCUUCUGAUUUUCAUACUGCUGUAAAAUCACUUCAUUUUAUUAAUAAUCUAAAUAAGUCCAAUAAAAAAAAGUAAUUGCUGUUGUGUAUUUAUUGAUACUAAAAUAUCAACUUUUUAAGUAUUAUAUCUAUCAGCAGUAGGGACCUCCGGCAUGAAUCGUUUAACCAUUGUAAUGGUUUUGAUUCUUCCUUCGAUAAUGACUAAGUUCUCACAAUUAGAUAUAUAAGUUGGAGUAGACAAAAUCUCAAUAGCUAUUCACUAUUGAUUGGCAGCUAACACAGUUGUAGUUAGUUUUAGUGUAGAUUAUCAGAAUCCUUAUAAGCUAACUCUAAACCGUCUUGACAGCGACAAAGUCUGUCAGCGCCACUAUUCGCUUCGUGCAUAGCGGGCGGUGGGGAAGCUAAAAAUGACACCAUUUGGGACUGUGGGCCUACCACGAAAAUCUAAAUUUCGCUAUCUGCCUCACUAUCGCUCUUGCAUAUUGGAGCGAUACAGAAAAAUGACUACAUUCGUUAUUCGCGGUAGAACUUGUGGUGGGUGUAUUCCCUGUCAUAUAUAGGUUUUGCAAUAAAUAUUGAUGUGUUGUUGCGAAUUAUAAAGAAAACUUUAAUUUAUAACUGAAAACAACAAUGUUGUAUUGUCCAGAAUUGUCUCAGAUACGAUUUUUAUUCUUGCUUGACAGUUGUAACAAAAUACACCUAUAGUUGCAACCGUUAUAACGCGCUGUCGUCCUGCACGGUGCUAAUAAAAGUCACGUUUUCAUCGUGUAUCCCCAUUGGUCCCCGCUCCACGUGACCGACGCCAUACAUGAAGCGGGGACGGAUGCAUGAUUCAUAUGAAUGCACAUAUUUCUAUCUGUGCCCGGCGGGGACAAAUAGCAUAUCACGUUUUCAUAGAAAUUUGACGGUGCUCCUACAAUGUCGCUUGCCAAGUUGGUGUAGAGUAACUCUAUGCUUAGACGGAGUCUAUCAAUCACUGUGAUUAUAUGACCACUGAAUUGACUGUUGUAAAAUUAAGAACUCAGUAUCAUGACAUGUAUGUGCUAUUUUUAUUACUUAUUUGAUAAUUGGUAAAGUAAGGUGCAGGCGUAAGAGCGCUUUUGAUUGAUUUUAUAAAUCUAACGCUUAUAUCUGUAACGUAGUUUCAAGUGUAAUGAAAAGGGGUAUAGUUUGUGCCAUUUCUGUGCAAUUUUUACCCGUUUUGCACUACUUUUGGAUGUAGUUACAGAUAAUAAUGCAAAUAGAUUAUAUUGCAUUGUAUGUCUAUUAUUUUAUUAGACUUGUGCUCAAAACGAUACUUAAUUUGAUGAAUUUAUGGACCAAAUUGCAUUAUUUAAGUUUAUAUGUAUAAUAAUAUGAGUGCAAAGUUUUAACUUAAUAUAUUAAGUGUGUAUUUUAUUUUAAACAUCUUGUACCAAUGGCCAUACUGGUUAUAACAGGGUUAUAACACUAACAUAACAAAAUAACCCUAAGUCACGGUUAUUAUGCAUGCAACUCCGGUGUGGAACUGAGAUAGCGCUAUGCAUGUAUGUAGCUAUAUACCUCUCACACACCGGAGCACCCAAUGUAAAGACCGGUAAGGUAGCACUGAGAACUGUGUUACUUAGUAUUUUAAUAUUAAUUUUGACAUUUUAUGUAAUUAAUUGCAUAGUAAUAUAAAUUUAUUAACAUAUCCUUGCUAUAAAGGAGUAGUAAAAUGAAUUAACCGAAAGACUGUAUGUUCAAAUAUUCCCUUGAUAUAAAAUGAUGAGCCUCGAGUAGAAUGUAAUUUUCAAAUAUAUAUAUUUUAAGUCCAGUUUUAGUAACUAAUGAGCCUAAAAGUCCGUCCAAAAGAGGCAUCGAAUAAACACCAGUAGGUUAGUGAUUUUAUCAGCAUUUUGAAUUGCUCUCUGCAAGUAGAGCUUUGUAUUUUUUAUUUGCCUUGUCCGUGUGAAUUGUAUGGAUAGAAUAUUCUUUUUAUAUGCAUUACAGCUGUAUUAUAUUUACCUUUACCUAUUCAAUAAAUACUCUUAGUACUGA